UUUGUGUUUUUGUGGUAAUUUUGAGCAUCUUGGAAGUUUUUACAUGCCUCUUUGUGGUUGUUUUGCAUCACUUUGUGUUCAUUUUGCAUUUUGUGGUUGUUUCACGUCUUUUGUUUCACGUCUUUUUUUUUUUUAAAUAUAUAUUUUCAUAUUGAAAGCGAAAAAAUGAAAGUGAUUGAGAAAAAAAAGUUUCUCUCUAGCUGUAGAUAACAUUUGGUUUUAACGGUCAUUAGUUAUCAGUUGUUGGAAUAAAGCCGAAGUUUCUGUUUGUGAAAAUCACAAAAAUUGUAAAAAAAAAAAAAAAAAAAAAAAAUCAAAAAAAAAACAAACAAAUAAAAUAACACCUAAAUAAUAAGAUAAAACAAAACUGUUAAAUGUGCUAACACUUACCAUGGCUAACACUCCCCAGUUUGAGCAGUGUGGUGGCCGUUCUUCCCAUUUUGCCGACAUGACUUGAAUGCAGCUUAAAGCGCGCCUCCGAGUGCUGCGCGCAACAGAUGUCACAUCAGGUCUGAGCGCAGAGGAGGCGCCAAAUAGGAAGAGCUACAGAUGUGAGUCUGACUCUCCGGUCCUCCGCUAACCGCUACAAACCGCAUCGACAGGAUUCAUCUUCACGUCACUUAUGUUGGACUCGACCCGCGGAUCCAGCUGCUGCCGGGACGAGGACAAAGGCUGAAAACAUGGAGGCAGACAGUGUGAGCAUAUGGCCACGCAUGGAGCCCUUUUUACUGGGCGCCCUGCAGGUGGCCCCCUCCUCCAAACUCAGCUUGCACUAUCUUCGCAAGAUGGCGACUUAUGUGCGAACGCGGGACGGCUGCUUCCCCAUUCUGGGCUGGCCCAUGUGGAGGCAUAUUGCCUGUGGAAAGCUACAGCUCCCAGAAGACCUUGCAUGGCUCUACUUUGAGACCUUUGACAUCCUCGUAGGUCACACCCCAGAGGAGAGGCUGGAGUGGGCAGAGUUUCUUUCCCAGUGCUCGUCCAAAAUCGAGCUGGACCAACAAAGGAACAAGUUGUCUGUGGACACACUGCAGUUCCUCCUCUUCCUCUUCAUCCAGCAGCUGAACCGUGUGUCUCUGCGCACCUCCCUGAUCGGUGAAGAGUGGCCCAGUCAUCAUCGUACCCGCUCCCCCUCCCCAUCAGACCGAGAGGCCAAGACCAGCUCUCAGAACAAGAACUGGGACGAUCAGGCCCACCUGUCAUUUGUCCAAAGCCAUCUAGCUGAGAUUCUGGAGCUGCUGGUGGAGCCAGGACAGCUGUCACAGUCUGGACAGGCCCUGAGAGACUGCCAGAUAUCGCUGGAUGCUGUGCGGAGCCUGGGUCUGCUCCUGGAGGGCUCGGUUUGUCGUGGCAAAGCCGUUCAGCCCGUCCACAGACUGCUGACCAAAGGUCCGCUCCAGACACAAGCUGGCUACUCCACACUCAGCUGCUCAUUCCCCCUGCACAAGCUUCUCCUGUGUCUCCAGCACAGCCUCACACUCAACCCCUUCGGGAUAACCGCCUGCCUGCACUCAGGCAAGAAACUAGCCUGGGCUCAACAAGUGGAGGGGGCCAUGAAGAGAGCCAAAAUAGCAAGGAACACCCACAUGGCUCCACCUGGCAGUAAGAUGGUGCUAAUGUCCCAAGUCUUCAAACAGACUCUGGCUAAAACCUCGGACAGGCUGACCGGGGCCAACAUCAAGAUCCACAGAUGCUCAGAUGCAUUCAUAUACCUCCUCUCACCUCUCAGAUCCGUCAGCCUGGACAAAUGCCGCGACAGCACCGUGGUUCUGGGUCCCGUGGAGACCAGCGUCCACAUCCACGGCUGCCAGAACGUGCGGGUGGUGUGCGUAGCCGGCAGGAUCGCUAUUGGAGCAUCCUCGCGUUGCACCCUCCACGCCUUGACGCCCACCCGCCCCUUGCUCCUACCUGGAAACACAGACAUUACACUGGGACCCUUCCACACUUUCUACCCCUCCCUGGAGGAUCACAUGGCCAGCGUGGGGCUGGCUGUGGUCCCCAAUGCCUGGGAUCGACCCCUGCUCCUGGGGACCGAGGGCAUCGUCAACCCCUCGCUCAAUGCGUCGUCCAACCCGGACCCUGCCUGCUACCGCCUGCUGCCCCCGGCUGAGUUCCACACGCUGGUUGUGCCUUUCCAGAUGGAGGGCGACACGUGUGAAGUGCCCAGCGGUCUGCCUCCUCCGUACCAGGCAGUGCUCGAUGAAAAGCAGAAGAGAAUCCAGAACUGGCAGAAAACUGUGACGGAGGCUCGGCUGAACAAGGAGCAGAAGCGUCAGUUCCAGGAGUUGGUGGAAGUCAAGUUCCACGAGUGGCUUCUGGAAACGGGGAACAGGCAGGAACUGGACAGCCUCAUCCCAACCACGAUAGCCUCUUUAAAGGACUCCAACGGGCCUGCGACGGACACGCCCCGGGUUAACGACACCAAACACAUGAGGAACGGGCGGCCAGUGAGACAGUCACCCAUGGCUUGUUGAAUUGUUGGGUCUCAUAAAUUAGUGCAGCACGACGAUCGUCUUCUACGAGGACAAGAACUUCCAGGGCCGCCGCUACGAGUGCGACAGCGACUGCUCAGAUUUCCACACCUACCUGAGCCGCUGCAACUCCAUCCGCGUGGAGAGCGGGGCCUGGGUGGUGUACGAG